ACGACUCAGUCCCGUCGCUGGACCCAAAAGCUGGUGCUGAUCCUUCCGCCGCUGCUGCUGUUCCUGCUGCGGACCGAAGCUCUGCAGGGUUUGGAGAGUGAGGAUCGGUUCCGGACCCGCGAAAACGAGUGCCACUUCUAUGCUGGUGGACAAGUGUACCCGGGAGAGGUGUCCCGGCUUUCAGCCGCAGAUCACUCCCUGCAUCUAAGCAAAGCCAAGAUUUCUAAGCCAGCACCUUACUGGGAAGGAACAGCUGUGAUAAAUGGAGAAUUCAAGGAGCUGAAACUGACUGACUAUCGUGGGAAAUACUUAGUUUUCUUCUUCUACCCACUCGAUUUAAUUUUAUAUUCCCCGGGCAUAUUUUACAUGGAGCUGGAAUACAAUGUGGAAGAAGAACUAUCUAGAAGCAGGAGCACUUUUGUAUGUCCAACUGAAAUCAUUGCCUUCGGUGACCGAAUUGAAGAAUUCAGAUCUAUAAAUACUGAAGUGGUGGCAUGCUCUGUCGACUCUCAGUUUACCCACUUGGCCUGGAUUAAUACCCCUCGAAGACAGGGAGGACUGGGGCCAAUAAGGAUUCCACUUCUUUCAGAUCUGAACCAUCAGAUCUCAAAGGACUAUGGUGUAUACCAAGAGGACUCAGGCCAUACUCUUAGAGGCCUCUUCAUUAUUGAUGACAAAGGAAUCCUAAGGCAGAUUACGCUGAAUGACCUUCCUGUGGGUAGAUCAGUGGAUGAGACACUGCGCUUGGUUCAAGCAUUCCAGUACACUGACAAGCAUGGAGAAGUCUGCCCUGCUGGCUGGAAACCUGGUAGUGAAACAAUAAUCCCAGAUCCAGCUGGAAAACUGAAGUAUUUCGACAAACUGAACUGAAAAAUACUUCAGUUUUGAUGUUUGGACCUUCUCAAUAAAGGUCACUGUGUUAUUACCA